UUUCUAUUUUCUUUCCAUGAAAACCUUAUUUCAGUAAAAUCACAAAAGGCCAAUGUCGGAUCAACUUUAAGCCUGCCUAGAUACUCAAAACAUAAACAGGAAUUUCAAGUGUUGCAGUACUUCUUCUCCAAGCCAAUUUAUUUUAUUUUCAUUCGCCAUGGUUAAAGUGAUAACUCAGGAAACUUUUGAUGCAGUUGUCAAAGAGAAUGUGGAAGAGUUUGGUUUAGAAUUAGAAGAAGCAAGGAAAGAUGCCAUCAAACAGUUCAUAGCACAAGGUGUUGAUCUCACUAACAUUGUCACUGAUGGACCUACCGAAGGAGACCAAACUCACACGAUAGUCCUUGCGCUACAGAAUUUAUCCAAGCUGUUGGAGAAUGCUGCACCCAAUGAUGCUGAGGUGAUGACAUUUCUCAGGGAACUUGAAACCCAGUGCAACAUUGAUUUAGCCCAUCGCAUUAUGGCAGAAAAAAAUGGGGCAUUUCCCAUAAUCGUUCAGUGCUUGAAGCGCAAUCAGAAUAAUUUGUCAUUGAAAGAGCAGUGUCUGAAAAGCAUGGCAUCUCUCAUACAGGGAUAUCCAGAUUUAGUAACUCAUGAAGGGAUCGAGCUACUCUGCAAUCUCCUGGAAGAGGAUUCUUCAUUAACCACUGUCACUUUAGUGCUGAGUGUGUUGUGCCACAGUUGUAGAAUGCAUGAAAAUAAUCGUGAAUCGUUUAUGGCCAACUUUAAAUUGGCGGCUCGAAUCCGUAAACUUCUCGAAUCGCCUCCUUCUCGCAGCCAUGCCGAGGUGGUCGUUAAAUGCUGCCAGUUGAUUCGUGCUGUCGUGUCGGAUGACGACGUCCGUGUCGAAUUCGGACGAGCCCAUGACUACGCGUGCAUGAUAGCAGAACAAGAAAAAGGACUAGAGCUGCUGACUUCGCUCCUAACGGAGUUCCAAACGGAAAAAACGGUAAUCAACGAGCUGUUGCCGACUCUAUCGCGUUUGGCCGUUCGGAAUGAAUUUUGUCAAAAGAUUGUUGAAUUGGGUGGCCUGGAAUUUGUGAUGGACGUUCUCUCAAAAUAUUACGACGAUAAAGAUUUGGUUGAGAGCAGCUUCUUCCUAAUUAAAUCCCUAGCUGGCAACGACGAUGUAAAGAGAGAGGUCAGCAAGGGCAACGCCGUACCGUUGAUUACCGCUGCGUUGGGUCGGCACCAGUGCGUUCCAGCAUUGGCUGAGAUGGGCUGUGCCGCCAUAGGGGCCCUGUGUCUUAGGACGCCAGAUAACGCAGCGGCCUUUGUUGCCAAUGGUUUCGGACAACUUGUGGUGGACAUUCUCAAAAUCCACAAACUAAAAGUGGGCGUCGAGAGACAAGCGAGCAUGGCAAUCCGGAACAUUGUGGCACGACGGAAAGAUUUGACGACCAUAUUGUUAGAGGCUGGCGUUGAAGAUUUGCUACAAACGGCGAUGAAACGAACACAACGAGCACCAACUGUCGAAAUCAAAGCUGCUUUGCGUGACUUGGGCUGCCAAGUCCAACUGCACGAAGAAUGGACGGGCAAAGGAACUGCCAUGACCAACUAAAAAAGAAACAAGAAAAAAAAAACGUCCAAUAAAAAUCGGUUGUAGAUGAAGAAGAGAGAUCCAUAAUUAUAUCCCAUCGAAAUGGCGGCUGUAACUACCGGAGCUUUGUGAAAGAGGGGAGGAAUCAAUAAUUUAUGAAAUUCUUUCUGCUGUUCUUCUCCAAAAGAGUUUUGAAUAGUUGUCCCGUUUGCCUAAACUUAUGAAUAUAUAUUUAGCCUCUUCAUUCACAGGGACGCUCGUAACUUGGCCAGUUUGAUUGCACAUGCUAAACGCUUUUUCUCGCUUAUCGUCUUGAGCGGUUUUCAGCCAGCUGUGUUCCGCUAAAGCAACAAGUAAAAAAGAAAAAAUCUCUACAAAAAUAAAAAAGAAGAAAGCCUU